AUGCCAGACCGAUUCCGCGCACCCGUCGAUCCCGCAACAGUGGACACCCCACUCCCACCUUACCUCAGGCUAGUGGAUCACUAUUCGCUCACCUGGCUUGCAACGCCCGUCGUAUCGCUCAUUUUCGUGGUUAUCAAGCUUGUGCUCUCCUCAUAUGACGUCCAAGAUGCAGUCACGGCGAUGAAGGCAGACGUGCUCGCGAGCUGUCAAGCUGCGGAGAGUGCAGCUACAGUAGCUGCAAGCUUACCGAGGUAUAUGGCACAGGGAACCAACAAGGGCAUCGUCGAUGCUGUCAACGGGACUAUCGACGGAGCAAAGGACGUCCUCAUUCUAACACUUCAGGCGCUGGAAGCCCUCAUCGACUUUAUUGUUGACAUGUAUCGUUCAACAUUCCUCUGUUUCCUGGAACUAGUCAUCCGAGGCGGUCUUGCUGUCCUCAUCGGGGCUGUUCAGGAGGUCACUUCCUUCCUAAACACUACCCUAAGCGCAAUUGGGACGAACAUCGCCAAUGAUGUCUCUGCGGCCCAAUCGGCUGUUAACAGCGCAUUCAGCGUAAUUAAUGAAGGCCUGAGCUUCCUACCGGGCUCACCACAGAUCCCGCAGAUCUCACUCCCGAGUCUGGCUGAACUGGGCAACGUCACCAUCCCCACGGACUUUGAGAAUUCACUUAUCAGCUUGAGUAAUUCACUGCCUACGCUCUCUACUCUCAAGGAUAUGCUCACGGAACUCAUUGACACCCCAUUCCAGGAUGUGAUCCAAGAUAUCAACAACACGUUCAAUGGACUCUCGUUCAACGAGAAUGUACUUGCCGUACCAGCCCAGCAAACAGUUACAUUUUGCAAUGCCACCAGCCUAGACAGCAGUAUCGAUGACUUAGGCAAGAUUAUGGCCAAGAUCCCCAUUAUCGCCAUCGGCAUCGCUCUCCUUGCUAUUGUCCUCAUUAUCGUCGCCAACUGCGCCUGGCAAUGGUACCGCUGGCGCGUGCUCAUGAAACGCGUGCGGACGAUGAAAGAGCGCUGGAACGCCGAUGCCGCCAUCUCCGGCAUGUCCCAGGAUCCGUUCGCAAACGAGCGCUCUACACUUACGUUCAUGGCCGAAUCACAUCAUAUGAUGAUACUCCAGUGGCUCGAAGUCACCCUGCUCAAGAGAAUGUUCAAGACACCGACUGCGCGAAAUAACAUUCGCUGGUUUUUGGCCUAUAUCACUUAUCCUCCCGCACUCAUCUGCUUGGUCAUUGGUCUUGCUGGCAUCCUUUCGGUGGAACUGCAACUCGCUCUGAUUGCUUUGUUCACGGGGGAUGCGAAGAAUCAAGUCAGCACUGCCGUUGAUGGCCUGACGGACGCAAUUAGCACGAGCAUCAACGCGGCCAUUGCCUCCCAAACAGGAAGCUAUGUGAACGCGACAAACUCGCAUAUCCUCGGUAUCCAGCAAACGAUCGAUGGUGGGGUAUUUGGCUGGCUCAAUACCACCACAGUCUCGCUCAAUAGCACCAUCGAGACGUUUUACUCCGAUGUUGUCUCUGCUGUCAACACGGUGUUUGGCAAUACCAUCCUCGGUCCGCCAAUUCAGGAAUUUGUGGCGUGUUUCCUAGGUGGCAAGGUCGAGCAUAUUGAGGAAGCUUUGACUUGGAUUCACCAGAACGUCCAGGUCAAGCUGCCGCUCAUGCCUGAGGAUAUCCUACAGCUCAGCAAUUCCAGUCAAACCGAGAUUUCGACCAACAUCCGCAAUGCUGCUGUUGGCGAUCCAAAUGUGAAUGGGGGCAGUCAAGGGCUCGCCGACCAGUUGAUUGCCAAGUACACGAACACCCUAUACACCGAGCGCUGGAUGUUCGGUAUCUUCAUCGCACUGUGGGUCAUCGUUGUCCUGGUUGCGGUCUGCACAUUGGUCUGGCACAACUGGGGAAAGCAUGCUGUCUACAGAUGGAAGAAAGCUCGCUGGGAGAAGAGGCGUGCACUGCUUGGAGAUGUUGAACCACCGCAGAAGGAGCCCAUGGCCGAUUUUGGCGCAUCGGAGAAGGGGAAGGACAUCGGACCCGACGGGUCCUUGCCUGUCAUCGUCACGCCGGAGCCGGCUUCCCUGAAGAAUAUUCCCCAUCCGCCUUCACCAAUGCCGUCCCCAGGGUUGCCCCCGUUCCCUCCACCGCGAACCAAUACCCGAGGUUCACCCAUCAUCAAUGUACGACCAUUCUCCCCCCCAACGGUAUCACCUUCAGGUAGAGUCAUGUCACCAGAACUACCAGCUUACUCGUCUCGCGCCGUUCCCCGUCAGCUGACGCCUAGCGUGCCAGUACCAGAGGAGAACCCAUUUCUGACGCCGUUUGACGACCGUGUCGAAGAUCGCUAUCCUCGACCCUCAUUCAAACCCCAUGCAUUGUAG